AUGGAGACGAAGAACAACGAAGACGAGAUUCUCAGGCUGAUCCCACUCACAGAUUAUGGGUCCAUGCUGUUUGUACCACCAAACAGUCCGGGAAGCGGUGGACUCGCACUCUACUGGAAACAAGAGAUCCCGGUUCAAGUCAUCUCAUCAUGCAAAUCCUACAUUGAUACAUCCAUAUUAUAUAAAGGAAACCUCUUCUACGCUACCUUUAUAUACGGUGAACCAGACCACUCCUUGAGGAAAGAAGUUUGGGAAGAGUUGUCAAACCUGGGCAAUCUACGAGAUAAGCCUUGGUUCCUGACUGGAGACUUCAACGACAUCAUUGAUAAUACAGAGAAAUCGGGUGGCCAACAAAGAACAGAAGCAUCGUUUGGGU